AUGGCAACCGAAAUCACCGAGCGUCCUCAGCCGGGCCAAAAGACGGCGCUCAUCACCGGCACCGGCGUUGGGGGCAUCGGCGGCGCGCUCGCCACGGAGCUGCACCGCCAGGGCUACUUUGUCUUCUGCGCCGUGCGGCGCCCCGACAGCAUCACUGAGCUCCUCCGGCCCGGCAUGGCCGUCGUGAAGCUCGAGGUGACGGAUACGGCGUCGGUCGAGGCGGCCGCGGCCGAAGUUGCCGCCGUCACGGGCGGCACGCUCGAUGUGCUCGUCAAUAAUGCUGGGGUCGUCAAGCACCGCCCGGCGCUGGACUCGGACAUUGACGGCGACGUCCGCCACGUGUUCGACGUCAACGUGCUGGGGCCGAUGCGCGUCGUCCAGGCGUUUGGGAAGCAGUUGAUCGCCGCCAAGGGCUGCGUGGUCAACAUUGGCAGCAUCGCGCCGGUCGUGCCCCUGGCGUUUUCGUCGUCGUACAACUCCACGAAGGCGGCGCUUCAUGCGUACGGCGACGCUUUGAGCAUGGAGAUGAAGCCGUUUGGUGUCGACGUCGUGACGGUUGUCACCGGUGGUGUCAAGAGUAAUAUCACUCGAGGGAACCCAAGCCUGCCCGCGGACUCGCUGUACAUGCCAAUUGAGAAGUUUUGGCGCAAUCGCACGCAAAUCUCCAACAGUGACGAGUCCAUGGCAACCGACGUGUACGCUCGCACCGUUGUGCGCAUGAUCCAGUCCAAGAAGCGACCCCUUCGGUUCUGGGCAGGCGCAAAGUCCACGCUCGCUUGGUUCCUUGCCAUGUUUGUGCCCCUGCGCUGGCGUCUGUACUUGAUGGCAAAACGAUUUGGCCUGCUUACGCUUGGCAAACCUGCCAAAUAA